AACCAGUUGGAUCUCAACGCCAACGCGCACACCCUUUAACCUCUCUCUCUCACGCUCUCUUCCUCGAUCGAGCCGAACCAAAACCCAUGGGUCAGGGAACUCCGGGGGGUCUGAACCGGCAGGGCCUACCGGGCGACCGCAAGCACGACGGCUCCGACAAGAAGGAGAAGAAGUUCGAGCCGGCGGCGCCGCCGGCCCGAGUGGGACGCAAGCAGCGCAAGCAGAAGGGCCCUGAAGCCGCGGCUCGGCUGCCGACCGUGACGCCGCUGACGAAGUGCAAACUCCGGCUGCUGAAGUUGGAGCGCGUGAAGGACUAUCUGCUGAUGGAGGAGGAGUUCGUGAGCAACCAGGAGCGCCUCAAGCCCCAGGAGGAGAAGGCCGAGGAGGACCGCUCCAAGGUCGACGAUCUCAGAGGCUCGCCCAUGAGCGUUGGGAAUCUUGAGGAGCUCAUCGAUGAGAACCACGCCAUCGUCUCGUCGUCCGUCGGACCCGAGUACUACGUCGGGAUCUUGUCGUUUGUGGAUAAGGACCAACUCGAGCCUGGCUGCGCGAUCUUGAUGCAUAAUAAGGUUCUUUCUGUUGUUGGGCUUCUUCAAGAUGAAGUUGAUCCAAUGGUGUCUGUAAUGAAGGUUGAGAAGGCUCCACUAGAAUCAUAUGCUGACAUAGGUGGUUUAGAUGCCCAGAUACAGGAGAUUAAAGAGGCAGUUGAGCUCCCUCUAACACAUCCUGAACUAUAUGAAGACAUUGGUAUCAAGCCUCCUAAGGGGGUCAUAUUGUACGGAGAGCCUGGAACAGGCAAGACCUUGCUUGCCAAGGCCGUGGCAAACUCAACAUCAGCAACUUUCUUGCGUGUCGUUGGUAGUGAAUUGAUUCAAAAAUACUUGGGUGAUGGUCCAAAAUUGGUGAGGGAACUCUUCAGAGUAGCUGAUGAUCUCUCACCUUCAAUUGUCUUCAUUGAUGAAAUUGAUGCAGUUGGUACGAAGAGGUAUGAUGCCCACUCAGGUGGAGAACGUGAAAUUCAAAGGACUAUGUUGGAAUUGCUUAACCAGUUGGAUGGUUUUGAUUCAAGAGGAGAUGUGAAAGUGAUUCUUGCAACCAACAGGAUUGAAAGUCUUGACCCAGCCUUGCUUCGACCUGGCCGAAUAGAUAGAAAGAUUGAAUUCCCUCUUCCUGAUAUCAAGACGAGGAGGCGCAUUUUCCAGAUACACACAUCAAGGAUGACACUGGCUGAUGAUGUCAACUUAGAAGAAUUUGUUAUGACCAAGGAUGAGUUAUCUGGAGCUGAUAUCAAGGCAAUUUGUACUGAAGCUGGCUUGCUUGCUUUAAGGGAACGCCGUAUGAAGGUAACACAUACGGAUGUCAAGAAGGCAAAGGAGAAGGUGAUGUUCAAAAAGAAAGAAGGGGUGCCAGAAGGACUCUACAUGUGAAGAGAUCAUCCUGCAUGUGCUUCAAUGUAUUUAUUAUGCUUGUAUUUUUUAUUUGAAACUUAUUUUGAUUUGUAGUCUCCAUGUUUGAGUUUCUAUACAUAUAUAUUGAGCCCAGACGAUCAACAUCCAUUUUCAGAGAUUGAGGUUCUCAUUUAAGUGCUUCAUUUUGAUUUUAAA